UUCCACACACACCAUAUUUAUUUUAAAGUUAAUUUUCUCUCUCUUCACCAAAGAAAUCUGGAAAACUCUCUCAUUCUCAAACAAACCCUAGCCGCCGCCUCCUCCCUCCUUCAGUGUGUCUCCGGCGGUCGUUACAUUGCUCCACCAUCUUCAUCCUCUCCUUUUCAUUUGUAAUUAUACUCUAUCAAAUUUAUUUCAAGUCAAAGAUGAUUUUAAAUUUCCCUACGACCAUCUUUUCGGCUAGAUCUUGACAUCCACGUACAAGCUUUUGAAAAUCCAUCACCAUAAAAAGAGUCCCCUCCAUCUUCUCUACAAAACCCAUUUAAAAAUAUCAGGAACGGACAACCUUCGCCGGUGACCACCACGCCGUAGCUUUCAACCACCGCGCCGGAAAAGAGCUUACGUGUUUUCAUCCCAAUCUUGUAUGUUGUCUAGAUCUGGGUCAGAAUUUUUACACAAACACUUAAACCUGGGCUGUUGUCUUCAUCAAGGUUGGGGCAUUAAUAGGAUUUCCACAACAUCUUCUCUUCUUAUAUUAAGAGAGAUAAGCUGUUUUCAUUACUUAUCCCAAUAAGUCUCACAAAACUUAUGCAAGUGGAUAAACUCCAAUAAGUCAAUCCAAACAGGCCACUUAAUUGAUCCUAGACUAGAACAAUGUUUUUAAGGAAUUCUCAUGAUGCUAGGUUCAUUACCUAUACUCCCUCUACCCGCUCCUCCCACUGAUGGAAAUCUUGGUCCUCUCCCCGAGGCUCAACUCACUCAAGAGGAGGUGGAGGAGAGGAAUGAGAGUUCCUCCAUCGAGGAAGCAGCACCGACAUCUGUUGCCACACACACUAGAACUAUUGGAAUAAUUCACCCCCCUCCAGACAUUAGAAACAUUGUUGAUAAAACCUCUCAGUUCGUUGCUAAGAAUGGUCUUGAAUUUGAAAAGAGGAUUAUUGCUAGUAAUGCGGGCAAUGCCAAGUUUAAUUUCCUCAAUCCAUCCGAUCCCUAUCAUGCAUAUUAUCAGCACAGGCUUUCUGAGUUUCGUAGUCAGAAUCAAUCUUCUACUCAACAACCAGGGGAUUCUGCUCUACUGGAAUCAGGUCCACCUGCGCCGGAAACUGAUAGUAAUGAUGUAGCAACUACAGAGAAGCCUGAUAUUUCCGCCCAGUUUAAACCAGUAAGGAAAGUACUUGAUCCUCCCGAGGCUGAGCAGUAUACAGUUAGGCUUCCUGAAGGCAUUACAGGAGAGGAGCUGGAUAUUAUAAAGCUUACAGCACAAUUUGUGGCUCGUAACGGGAAAUCCUUUUUGACAGGAUUGACAAGUAGGGAGAUUAAUAACCCCCAAUUUCAUUUCAUGAAACCAACUCACAGCAUGUUUACAUUUUUCACUUCCCUUGCCGAUGCAUAUUCAAAGGUUUUGAUGCCUCCAAAGGGGUUGACAGAGAAGCUAAAAAAGAGUGUACCCGACAUGACUACCGUGCUUGAAAGAUGUGUGAAUAGGCUGGAAUGGGAGCGUUCACAAGAGCAAGCUAGGCAAAAGGCUGAAGAUGAGAUAGAGCAAGAAAGAAUACAAAUGGCUAUGAUUGAUUGGCAUGAUUUUGUGGUGGUUGAAUCAAUAGAUUUUGCUGACGAUGAGGAUGAAGAAUUACCUCCUCCGAUGACCCUUGAAGAGGUUAUAAGGAGAAGCAAGAUGACUCCCAUGGAAGAAGAUACCGUUGAGCCAGGGAAGGAAGUAGAAAUGGAAAUGGACGAGGAAGAGGCCCAGCUUGUUAAAGAGGGAAUGGAUGCUGUUGACGAUGAUGAAGGGAAGAAGAGUGAAAUCAGGGUUACUGAAGACCCUGAACCACCGAUUAGGAUUGUGAAGAACUGGAAGAGACCAGAAGACAGGCUUCCUGCAGAUAGAGAUUCAACCAAGUUUGUGGUUUCUCCUAUCACCGGUGAACUGAUUCCUAUUAGUGAAAUGUCAGAACAUAUGCGAAUUUCUCUCAUUGAUCCUAAGUACAAAGAACAGAAAGAAAGAAUGUUUGCCAAAAUUCGAGAAACCACUUUGGCACAGGAUGAUGAAAUCUCAAAAAACAUUGUUGGACUUGCUCGGACUCGUCCUGAUAUUUUUGGUACUACCGAGGAAGAGGUUUCCAAUGCUGUUAAGGCUGAAAUUGAGAAGAAAAAUGAUGAGCAACCUAAGCAGGUUAUAUGGGAUGGUCACAGCGGUAGUAUUGGCCGUACUGCAAACCAAGCAAUGUCACAGAAUAUUGGAAGUGAGGAUCAAAAUGAUGCUUAUAAUAAUGAAUCUAAAAACCUCCCUGGUCCUGCUGCACCUCCUCCAAGACCUGGUAUGCCUUCAGUUCGUCCUCUUCCGCCACCACCUGGACUAGCUUUGAAUCUACCCCGUGGGCUUAUGCAUAACAUGCAAUAUUCUAAUCCUAAUAGCAUUGGCCUUCCGAUGCCUCCACCAAGACCAGGCAUGCACAUGAUGCAAUCUCUCCGGCCUGCCCCUCCUCCUCCAAUGCAGAUGCCUGGUGGACAACAUUCCAUGAUGGGUGGUCAACCACCCCCAAUGCAUCCAUCAAUUUCUAUGAAUAACCAAGGAAUUCCCAUUCCUCCACCACCUGGAUCUCAGUUCACUCCUGUUCCAAGACCUUAUGCUCCUCACCCUCAUCCAUCAUCAGGGAUGAUGCCUAUGAUGCAUCCACCACCUCCGCCUCAAGGAGUGCCCCCACCGCCGCCACCUGAGGAAGCUCCUCCCCCGCUUCCAGAGGAACCAGAACCGAAGAGGCAGAAACAUGACGAUUCUGCUCUGAUCCCUGAGGAUAAAUUUCUGGCUCAACAUCCGGGACCUGCUCGGAUCAGUAUAUCUGUUCCUAAUGUUGAUGAAGGAAAUCUCAAAGGACAAGUUCUGGAAAUAACUGUGCAAUCUCUGUCUGAAACUGUUGGCAGCCUGAAGGAAAAAAUUGCUGGGGAGAUCCAACUCCCUGCUAACAAGCAGAAAUUGAGUGGAAAACCAGGCUUUCUCAAGGACAAUAUGUCACUUGCACAUUACAAUGUUAGUGGAGGAGAAACACUCUCCCUAGCCUUGAGAGAGCGUGGUGGUAGAAAGAGAUGAGCAUAUUAUGCGCUGUUCAAGAAGGUUUUUGUAAUCUCUGCUUCAUUAUGAGGCCUUUCGAUUCUUAUACUUGAUGGACUACAUAAUGCCUAUCUGCAUGAAUUUUAUGUUGAAUACUUAUAUCUACUGUACUUUGAUGCUUUUUGAAGUUUGAUUGUUGUCUUAAAGACUGAUGUUAAUUCUCGAAUACAGAUUUUGGCACCCUGGCGCUUGUCACUUGAGGGAAAUGGGAAGUAGUGGAGUUCCAAUUUCUAAUCUGAUGAAGUCAAAUUGUUUACAUCACUAAUUAUUGUUUUAUUUUGCUUUUCAUUUUAUUUGUUCCAAAGUUACUGAUCUGUUUUUUAUUGAAGCUCCCUGUCAGGGUGGGAUCAUUUUUAUUUUUUUGUUCAUUUUCAGCAUUCUUGCAAAGUUGCAAUCACAAACUGGAAGUGGUGAUUUAGUUUUUUUUUUUGCUUGUCUUUUCCUAGUGAGGUUUUGUCUACUACUGGAUAUUAGAUUAGAUUUAGAAGCACUGUUUACUGUUGUUCAGAGGCAAUUUCUGUUGCCGAGCAUGGCUCUUUUAGCUGGUGCAUCUUGUUUGGGGUUUUACUUAUUCGUCAUGAGAGAUUGUUAUAGUUUGUUGUUGUAUUUAUCUUUAACCUCAAUUUGUGGGUGGUGUGAUGGUUAUUGUUUUUUGAUUUUGCUGUUUGAUCAUAACAGAAAUUCUACUUGGACUUGUGGGAAGGCUGUGCAGCAUAGCCUGAUGUGUCUUUGAAUGGGACGAGGCAGGUAGAAUGGCCUAUAUUUUCUCCGAUUGUGUUAAGCCCGUGGUCUUUAACUAAGAUCAUUUGCUUUUACGUGCGAGAUUUGUUCCGAUGUCUGUGUUUUUUGCCUUGCCAACUUAUGUAUAAUGGAUCAGACUUAGUAUUUUAAGGAUAGCACCCAAACACAUCUUCGUAGUUUUUUUUGGGAUAUUUUAUGAAUCACAUACAGUUGUAGACCCCUUGAUUAAGAUUUUUAGUUAUUAAAUCCGCUGCUGCUAUAUUGGUUUAA